CUGCUGCAGUCGCGAGCGGCCAGCGCAGUGGGCAGGCCGGGUAGCGGUGGCGGCGGCGCUGCUGCGCUGACUGGGCUGGGCCGGGCAGCAGCGGCGACGACUGAGGUGGCUGCAGAGGCCACUGAGGCACUGACUGGUGGCCAGCAGGCCCCUGUGACCUCGAGCAGCCCCUUCGUGCCGCCCGGCACUCCCUGGGCAGCGGUGGGCCGCGGCGCGCAACCUGCCAGUGAGCUGCAGCAGGCACACCCCGGCGGCGGCGACAGUGGACAGGUUAGAGUGGGGGCAGGGGCCGGCGCGGGAGCAGCCCGGGGCCGGAGAGGGAGCCCGAGCCAGGCCAUCAGCAACCAUGUCCGACGAAGCGUCAGCCACCACUUCGUACGAGAAGUUUCUAACCCCCGAGGAGCCCUUCCCGCUUCUGGGACCCCCUCGCGGGGUGGGCACCUGCCCGAGCGAGGAGCCGGGCUGCCUGGACAUCAGCGACUUCGGCUGCCAGCUCUCAUCUUGCCAUCGCACGGACCCGCUCCACCGCUUCCACACCAACAGGUGGAACUUAACUUCCUGUGGAACAAGUGUGGCCAGCUCAGAAUGCAGUGAGGAGCUGUUCUCGUCAGUUUCUGUUGGAGAUCAGGAUGAUUGCUAUUCCCUAUUAGAUGAUCAGGACUUCACAUCUUUUGAUUUAUUCCCUGAGGGGAGCGUCUGCAGUGAUGUCUCUUCUUCUAUUAGCACAUACUGGGAUUGGUCAGAUAGUGAAUUUGAAUGGCAGUUACCGGGCAGUGACAUUGCCAGUGGGAGCGAUGUACUUUCUGAUGUCAUACCCAGUAUUCCAAGUUCACCUUGCCUGCUUCCUAAAAAGAAAAACAAGCAUCGGAAUUUAGAUGAACUUCCUUGGAGUGCAAUGACAAAUGAUGAGCAGGUGGAAUAUAUUGAAUAUCUGAGUCGUAAAGUCAGUACUGAGAUGGGUCUUCGGGAGCAACUUGAUAUUAUUAAAAUAAUUGAUCCUUCUGCUCAAAUCUCCCCUACAGACAGUGAGUUUAUUAUUGAACUUAACUGUCUCACAGAUGAAAAACUGAAGCAGGUCAGAAACUAUAUCAAGGAGCAUAGUCCUCGCCUACGGCCCGCAAGAGAGGCCUGGAAGAGAAGCAACUUUAGUUGUGCAAGCACCAGUGGAGUGAGCGGUACCAGUGCCAGUGCCAGCAGCAGCAGUGCCAGCAUGGUCAGUUCUGCAAGCAGCAGUGGGUCCAGUGUUGGAAACUCUGCUUCAAACUCCAGUGCCAACAUGAGUCGAGCACACAGUGACAGCAACUUGUCUGCAAGUGCAGCAGAGCGGAUUCGGGAUUCAAAAAAGCGAUCCAAGCAGCGGAAGUUACAGCAGAAGGCCUUACGCAAGAGGCAGCUGAAAGAGCAGAGGCAGGCUCGGAAGGAGAGGCUCAGUGGGCUCUUCCUUAAUGAAGAAGUGCUGUCCUUGAAAGUGACUGAGGAAGACCACGAAGCAGAUGUAGAUGUUUUGAUGUAAUAGGGGUGAAUUUAUUAGCAUUCUUUCUAAGCGUUAAAGUAUUCUAUCCUUAUUUGUUUACAUGCAUCUUGACCAAACUUUUGGUUAGGGCUGUGCUGAUGUACCAUUCAUAAUUUAGGUCCGUGGUUCUCAGCAGGUGGUCCUCGGACCAGCAGCUUCAGCAUCAUCUGAGAAGUUAUUAGAAAUGCAUACUCUUGGGCCCCACCCCAGACCUAGUCAAUCAGAAAUGCUGGGGGUGGGGUCUAGCAUUGUGUUUUAACAGGCGCCAGGUUGUUCUGCCACACACUCUAGUUUUAAGAACCACUGAUUUAGUAAAUGUUUUGGCUGUUUAGGGUGGUUAAGUGGGCUUUUUCAAAGACUAGUACUUUUACAGUUUAGAAGAUUUCAAGGUACUGCUGACAAAUAGUUUAUUAUGUUAGUAUACAUGUUUAGAGAUCAUAAUUCAGUUUCUUUUUUUUUUUUUUUUUUUUUUUUUUUUUUUUUUUUUUUUUUUGGCAUACGGGCUUAGUUGCUCCAUGGCAUGUGGGAUCUUCCUGGAGCAGGGAUCGAACCCAUGUCCUCUGCAUUGGCAGGCGGAUUCUUAACCACUGCGCCACCUAGGAAGCCCCCAGUUUCUUAAUGUUAUGAUUUCUUAGUUUAGUUUUUCUAAAGGGCCAUAGUAUAAUUCUCAAUUCCUAGUGGACAUCUUUUUUUCAGGUCGUGGGGGUAGGGUGUGGAUUGCUGUUUACAAUAGUGCCUUCAUUAGGUUUAGUUCUGUUUUCAUUCAUUAUUAACUCAAAGGUGUAAAAACAGGCCCUGAUAUCUUUCGUUAGGUUUGUUUUCAUUUUUCACUUUAUGUAAAUUCAGAAUACUUUCUGCAAGUGAUGACUACUGAGAAAAUAAUGUUACUAGUGGCUGAAUUUUAGACUUGAUGCUAUAUUGAUUAAUAUUCAAAUGGAGAAAUCAAUUAAGCAAAACAACCAAUUCUACUUUUCCACUGCUUUUUGAAAUUUUAGGCUGUGAAACUCUUAAAGGUGGAAAAAAUCUUUAUCAAGUUCUUUAUGUAGGUCUUUUUAUUUUCAGCACAGCUCUAAUUUUUAAAUAUUUGGUGUAACAGCUUUUGGCAUGUUAACAGGUUAUUGUUCAAAUUAACUAAAGAAAACCCUUACAGUUCUGCUAAACUCUAUAAAUCGCUAGAAAUACACUGAGCAGUGAGAUAUUAAAAAAAAAACAACUUAGCUUCUUGGCUACUAAUAGAACUAAUUUUAAAUGUGAAAUCAUGGAGUCUCUUUAAAUGUUUUCAUGGAGAGUUUGCUAUCAUGAACAUUAGAAGUAAUGUGAUUCCUUUUAUUUUUCCACACAUCUUUAAACAUUCACAUCGGUUAAGAAAAAGGAAACUGAUACUACUGACAAUCAAGCUACUUCUGACUUUCAUAAUUUUCUUUUUAUUGUGGAAACUUGGGAGGUAAUCAUGAUUUUGUAGGAGGAGUUGUAAUCAAUAUUUUUUUAAACUAGAGUCAGAGGUUGAUAGAUUCCUACAUUUUUUUUACAUUUUAUCAUAUCAAGUAACCUGUUUAAAAGAUUAACAACUUAGAUUCUUAAUUCUCAGUUGAUAUAAAGGCUUAACCUUUGCUUACAAUCAUGUGUUUUGAAAUUUUGAUUUAUUUUGGUCCCUCAAAGGUUAAAGUAUUGAAACUGAGAGGAAAGAAUGAUAUAUUGCAGCUUUGCUGAGGUCUGUGGUAUAGUUGUAACAUUUUGAAGAGUACUAAAUUCAUACCUUAAAAUUUUACUAAAAUAAAAGUAUAUAUGCGUAUGUGGUUAUCAGUUGGAGUAGUCCUUCUGACUUUCCUCUUACCCCCUCUUUAGUGCUUCUAACUAGCCUAGAGGGCCCAAAGAGCUUGGGGAUGGAUCCCAGAAUACUCUGAGGAAGAUGGAAAGGGUCCACCUCGUUGUGUUUUCCCUUUAAAAUAUAGGCAGAGUAAAUGGAGAGAAGAGCAAAUAUAGCUGAAUUCUCUACCUGCUCUUAGCAAAAGCAAAAUUCCAGGGGAUGAUUGCCUGUUCUCUUUACCUACUCUUCAAGGAAAACAGGCCACUUUUGGAGACCAUAGAGCAGCAUUUAUCUAUUAAAUACUUGGAAACAAAUUACUUGACAGUGACCAGUAAAAGAAAAUCCUACUAAUACCAAUUCCUCUACUCUCCCAACAAUCACAUCGUCUUAUUACCCUAGAUUUAACUUAAAUCACUAUUAAACAAGUUUACCAAAGCGCCACAAAGCCAAUUUUUAAGGUUUAUAAAGGUUUGGGUGUUUAUAGUAAAGUGCACCAUGAAAUUCUAUGUAAAUCUGGAUGCACUGUCUUUAUGGUACCAUAAAUUAGAGAGAGAUCAUUAAUUUGUUUUGGAAGUGAUUGAAAGAAAGAAAAGAAAUUAAACUUGGGUUUGCUUAUGAUCAAAGAGGGAGAUUACAGUCUUCCUCUAUCUACCCCCUCCAAAACAAAAACAGCAGAAAAAGACAAAAAAUUCUCGUCUUUGUUAAUGUGCUAUCCUUUUUUUCAGUUUUAAUGCCUCAUGUAGGUAAUUGAAAUUUGAAUUAUUUCUUUCUUGGAAUAAGUAAUAAAUUCAGUCUGGUCUCUUUCUGAGUUCCAUUUAAAACAAAUCCAACUCAGUAUUUUUUCUUUUUAAAUAUAAACUCCAACUAACCAAUUAAUAAAAGUGUGAGACUUAUUUGCUCCAGUGUCAGUUCUCAUCUGUAGAGAAUUGACAUUGGAGCAAAUAAGUCUUUCCCUUUAAAAAUAAGCCUUGUUAAGAUAAAAUCACGUCAGGUUUAAACAAAAUAGCAUGUCUUUUUCUACUGUUUUGCAACUGAGUUAAAAUAAGGCAAUGCAGUGUAAUAUGUAGUGGAGUAUAAAGGGCUAAUUUAUUCUGUCCCAAGAAGAACUUAGAGUAAAAUAACUUUUAUUUUCUUGAAACUUGUCUCAUUUUUAGUUAGGUGUGGUGGCAAUUUUGUCCAUUUCAUUAGUCCUUUGGGUUAACUAGAUAUUGCUGAAUUAAUCCCAGAAACUGACUUGUAAUUUGAUGACUGUAUGGAUUGGGUGGACAUCUCAUUUUAUUUAGCUCUUAAAAGUGCUAAAACGCCUUAUGAAGGAAAAAUUUCAAGAAACUACUAUAUAAAGGUAUCCAGAUUCUGAUGAGCUUUAAAAAUUGUGAAAUUUAUCAAAUGUCUCCAUGUUUAAGCCAAAAUGUUAGUACAUGACAAAUAUGGAAGUCUUGUUCCUAGGAUUCUCUAGCAUAAUUUUUUGUUUGUGGCUUACUCUGUGUAGCCUCAUGUGCCUUAAAGGUGAACGCUAUACGUUUUGUCAAUAUCAGGCUUUUCCAAACUCAAAAGUAAUCUAAAUUGUUGUAAUUCGUUUUAUAAAAUGCCUAUCCUGUUGGAUAUCAGUAAGAAAAGGCAUUAAAUCGAACUACGUAAUCAGUGAUAAUAGAGUGUAUAACAAAACAAAAACCUUCAGAUCUCAUUUCAUUUGCAUGACUUGCUUUUGGCCCAGCUAGGUCAUAGCAGAACAUUGAAGUCAACUAAAGUAUAGCUUAAUGUAUUGUUUUAUUUUUUCCCCUGGAAAAAAAGUCAUAAACCAGAAUACUUUCUAUUUUAUUUAUUUUUUAUUUUAUUUUUUGGCCGCUCCACGCAGCUUGUGGGAUCUUAGUUCCCCAACCAGGGAUUAAACCCCGGCCCUCAGCAGUGAAAGCCCGGAGUCUUAAGGACUGGACCGCCAGGGAAUUCCCAAGAAUACUUUUUAAAACCAGAUAACCCUGGAAAGAUAAUUUUCAAGGCAAAAGUACUUCAAGAACAGAGAUUAUAUAGCAAGUUGAUUCUCCUGUUAACUUUAGGGAUACUUUGUAUUCGUUUGUGUAAUAGCUGAGCACUCCUCUUCCCUUUAGCAAAUUACCUUUUAUCACUUCUAUCUAGAAGAAAAAUAUUUGCUUUGAAUUGGGAGUGGGUUACUUAAAGUUAUAGUUUGACAUGGUUGAUAGGAAAAUUUCCAGUUACAUUCAAAUAACAGUAGUGAUGUUGAUUACAUUGACAUUCAACAUGUCUAAACUUAUAGGUAAAUUUAAUCCUUAAAAGGACUAUUAGGUAGAAAAUAAGUAUUUGUAUACACAUGUACUGUGGUAACUUUGGAUUCAUUUUAAGUCUGACAAAGUAAGAUAAGUUUUAUCUUUACAAUGAAAUUAUGCUAAGUGGCGGGAGUUAUCUGAGAGAUAUUUAGACUUAGGCAUCUCUGUCAGUGUAGUAUCUGGAACAUAGCUCCUUAGAAAUGCUUAAUUCUUAUUUCUUUGGAAAAUAACUUACUUAUUCCAAAAGGCUUAGAAGGAACUAUGAAAAUUCCCCUAAGUAACUGGCUAUUAGGAGUAAGAAAUCAACUAUACUUUGGUAAAAUCUCUUUUUAAAGACAAAAAAAGAAAAGUACGGAAGUUGCAUGGUAUAGCUGAGUUGACUCACUAAAAUUUUAUUUUCAUGUUUUUUCUAAUAUUAAAAUUGUUUUCAGCCCCCCUUCACAAUUAUAUUUUAAACUAAGGUUAUUAAUAUUUUAACCUAAAUCACAUAAUGGUAAAUUAAUUUUUAAUUUGAUAUUCAUGCUGAACUUGGAAGAACUGAUUUGGUCUUCUCUGAUUUCAAUAUGUAAUACUUUUUAUUGUUGAAUUUCUUUGUUACAUCUUUGUGGUCAAUGGAACCUGUGGAAAUCUAUGUUCUUUUUUUGUGGUGAGGGAUGGGGGUAGAAAAGAGGAGAGUUGUUCUAAUUAUACAUAUGCAUUUUGACUAUAUAAAGGUAGUUGUAGAAUUAAUAUGUAUAAAUGACAAGUUAACACUUUCCUAUUCUGAAUUGUUCUAAGGAACAGUGGCCUGAAGCCAUGGCUUGUCUUGUGGAGCUGCGUGCUCUUUAAUAGUAGCUGACCAAUUGGAUUUAAGUUGAGACUUUGGGAUUAGGUUAUCAAGCUGAGGCUUUUAGGAAUGGAGCAGACCAUGUCUGUUCCUGUAGUGGAUCAAUUUAAUUUCCUCUCUGAGUACUCUAAUUUAGAUAUAGGUAUUAUCCAUUCUGAAUCUUUGUGUUGGGAGUUUUAUAGAACUGUUUUCAAAAGCUAUUAAGGAUAAAUACAAGUAUAUGUAAAACAUUUCACAGAUGGUUAAAAAUUUCAAUUUUUUUGUUUUAGUUUCAAAGGUUAGUUAUGUAGCAUCAAUAUCAUAACCAAAGCAAGUAGGAAGUUGACUGGUUUGGAGAAUCUUCAAGUAGUCUUAAAUACUGUAAUGUAUCAGAUUGUUAACCAGGAUUUUUUUCCUGUAUUUCUGCUAAAUGUAUUACUAUAUUAAUGCACUUUUGUAUAUAUAACUGUGUUCUGUACAUUCUGUACUUACUACAGUGUAUAUAAAAGCUGUUUUUCCUGAAGCUGUGAGGGAAAAACUAUAGCUGUAACACAAGUCAUUUCUAUUUUGAGUUUCUUCUUGUACUUGAAAGUAGUAGUUCAGUAGUUAAAUCUAAAUGAGUAUGUAUGGUUGUAAUUAAAAUGGCAAUGUGACAGAGCUGUCUUUUGAAACUGAUUAUCAGAACGAAAAGUGUUUUGGUUAUUAAGAACUCUUGUAAUAUUUUAAAUUGUCUCUUUUGAUGUACCAUGAAUUUUUACAAACCCACUGCUGCUUACUACUUUAUACUUCUGAUUCUACUCCUUUUCAUGUCCCAACCCAGAACAUUUAUCAACAGAGAAGAAUCUCUCUUUUCUUUUGCUCACGGUUUGGUUAAGGCUCCAUAAACUUCUGUUUUGUGAAAGCCCCAAUUUCCCAAAUGUCAUUGGCAAAUCGUUUUUUUUUUUCCUGGAAAGAUCAGAUUUCUAGAGAGAUAAGCAUUCACAGUAAGUGAAAAUUAGGUCUAACAUUGUUUACAGAAAACCAGAUAUAUUUUCCUUAUAUGUUGUUCUAGAGUCUUUUUAAGUUAUAAUUAUAUAAAAGAAAUGUCUGUGAGCAGUUUUAUGUAUAGGUACAGAAGCAGUUCAGCUUUUCAGCAGCAACUUUAUCUCUUGCCACUAGAGGGAGGUCUGUGGUUGCUCUCUCCUUCGGAAAAUGUCUUAGCUGCUUUUCUUUUGUUUUUAAUUUCAGAGGUUGGAAUCGACCUCAUGCUCAAAAUUCCUUUUGUGAUAUUAAAUGCUUUGAUUUGUUAGUCAAAGGUAAGUUAAUUGAGCUUGUUUAAUAAAGCCAGUAUUAUUCAUGCUUUUCUGUAAUCUUCAAUUUUUAAUAAAUGUGAGUUA